GUGUUGGUCGUCCAGAUUGAUGGAAUGCCGCUGCGCUUCACCAACGGGGUUGACGUAGAUCAAGUCACCGGUCAAGUCUACUUCACCCACAGUUCGAUGAACUACGACAGGUCAGAACAUGAGAUGGUCACCAAGACAGGGGACUCCACAGGCCGCCUCAUGAUGUAUGAUCCACGAACAUCAGAUGACACCGUGCUCCAACCAAGGAUGACAUACCCGAACGGCGUCGCGCUCAGCCCCGACCGCACGUACCUCGUGGUCGCAUCUACUGGCCCGUGCAAGCUGCUGAGGCACUGGAUCAAAGGGGUCGACGCGGGCAAGUCCGAGCCUUUUGCCGACCUGCCGGGCUACCCAGAUAACGUCAGGCCCGACAGGAAAGGAGGUUAUUGGGUGGCGUUGCACCGUGAGAAGAAUGAGUUGCCCUUUGGCCGUGAUAGCCAUCUUCUUGCUGUCAGGGUUGGUGCCGAUGGGAAGAUAGUCGAGCAGAUGAGAGAGUCAAAGAAAGUCAGGCCAACCGAGAUCAUGGAAAGAGAUGAUGGCAAACUCUACUUGGUUUCGGUGGAGCUUCCUUAUGUCGGCAUAGUAAAAAGGAAGUAG